AUGGCAUUGUUCGAUAAAAUCUUUUCAACAAAGAGAAAACUUGAAUACGUUGAUCGGGAAUCAAGAAACUGGGCCAGGUCCAGUGAAAUAACGCCGGAGCAAGUGAGACUGCUUUUAUUUAAAGAGUGUGACUGGAGAGGGAGAAAGGUUCUCUUUGAUUCAUCAACAAUAGAGAGGGUUCCUGUUAUUAAAAAUGAGAAACCAGACCAACAAACGAAGGAUCAGCUGCCAUAUAUUGUGGAGAUGUCAAAUGGGUUUUGUUACAUGUACAAAGGGCCGGCGGCGGACGCGAACGUUCUCGGUGACAUGAUAUUCGGCGCGGUCGCUAUGAACUAUAAGAGCGUAUCGCUAAAAAUUCACAUCAUGAAUGAACCUAAGAGGUUUAUGUGUACUAAAGUCUUCUGCGUCCCCACAUCUCGGCGGAUAAGUCGCGUGGAGCGCAAAACGUGUGAAGCGAACAGUAAUCAAAAUAACCGGAACGAAUCCAAGCCUCUGAACGUGCCCGCUUUGAGAGAGGAGGGAGUUUCCUUGAGCUUUUCCAUCGAUAGAGGAGAUUCGGGUUUCUAUGGAGAGCAGUCACCAUACAGCAGCGUUGGCUCCACCUUCGACUACUAUUCCAUGCUUGAUGAUUUGGAUGGAAGCAGCAUGCAAGAUGAGCUAAGUUUUCAGUUCCCGCCUGGACGCAAGCUUAGUAUAUCGAGCAGAGGAAGUUGGCAGCGCAGAACCUUCCAGAGCUUGGCGACUCGGUUCGAACUCGGACAAAGUUCGAAUCUUUUGAACGUGCCUACAUCAACCAGUACUGUCGCCAGCUCCGAUUCACAGGUAUACUGCAAUAGCACAACGAGCGGCACAAGUGAUAGCUUACUGAGCACAUGUUCUGCAGUGGCGCCGAGGAGAAACAAGCUGGGCCUGGCCCUAUUGGUCACUGUACCUGAUUCCACUGAUAUGAAUUUUAUACGGCGUUGCGUAGAACACUCUCCCCAGUUACAAGCACUGGUUUGUAGGUUAAGGUUGGCAACAUUGGCUGCCGGUUCGGGCGGGAACUUCGUUUCGACAUUGUACAAAGCAGCAGCCGAUGCUGCCAGAUGGUUAUCAGACCUCAUUUACGGGCCACGCCUACAGUCAGCGUGGUUAAGUCUAGUCACAAGCGAUCCGCGCUCCUCCAACAAGCAAUCGGAGUCCUUGAUGUUGGAUCUUUGCACCGUAUUAGCUGCAGGCGAUACCAAGCACACUAACUUUUUCAUCAGCACGCUUCUUACAAACGUCCUCACUCAUCACUUAGGCUGGGUAACAACUGUCAGCCCAUAUGACACUAUCGAUCCUCUAAUGCAAGCCAAGCCAGCUUCGUCUGCCGAGUAUCGGCGUCCUUAUAACGCCUUGUGGGCACAACUCGGGGACCUCUGCGGAAGUAUCGGUUUCCCUCCCCGAUCAUCCAGAACAAUAAUCGUGGGCGCCACAAACACACAAUUUAUGAACAAAUUACUGGCUGUGCUCACUUAUUUUAUUCGUUGCGGUGACGUCACAAGGACCGAUUUUAUUUACAAAGAAUGCGAACUUCAAGAAAGCAAAGUUACAAGUGUAAAAGCCCAUCAAAUUUCUGGCCUCAGCAGGACCGAGACAUCCAAAAACAGUUUGGAGCAAAUAGCAUCGAGGGAUACUUUGAAUGUGCCUAUAGUUAAUACUCAGAGCACUGAUAGUAGUAUAAGUACGUUAGUAUCGAGCGAUGUUAGCCUUAAACGGUCGACAACGCUCUCUAAUUUUAAUGAUAAGCUCUCUAUUAAUUCGGACCCUUUAGACUGUAGUGAGAAACCUACCACCAAGCUAAGAAGGAACCCCACGGUAUUGGUCUCAUUGAAGGCGUCAUCAGAUUUAAGUCUGAACUCUUCUGAGUCGGAGGAUUUGGAGACGGAGAAGAAGGUCGUGUUUGUGUUGGGUGAAGAUGAGAAACUGGUCGGUCUGAAGAACAAGUCCAAUGGCGGGAAGAGUGUAAAGAAGUCAUCGAAAAUCCACAACGAGCCUGUCACUGUAGAACUGCCAGAGAAAUGUCCGGAAGUUAGCAAAGCAUCCUGUGAUCGAAACAAAUCCUGCAGUUCCGACAGUCCGUCGAAAUGCUGCAGGCAAACACUUGAACAUUCCAAGCCAAUAAAACAUUCCGGUUUUAAGUUUGAAUUCGAUAAGUACCCACAAAUAGUCACUAAUUAUAUGAAGAGCAAAAAUUUAGAAAUACUAGAUAGACAUUAUAUAGGAAAACCGGGUAACUUAAAACUGGACAAUUUCCAGUUCGACCCAACGAUCGUCCCUCCGAUACAAGAAGAGAGAUGCGAGAUUUGUUACAAGUGUCAGUUGAUGGAGUCGAUGCUCCAGACCCCCACAAACGCUUCUGAAAUGGAAUAUAUGAACGAUAUGCCCCGACAGUCUGAGCCUCAGUUCGCUAAGGAGACAAUCGUCAGUGAAUCCGAAGUGCAAGAGAUGUCGCCGAAAUCUUUUGUCAGGAAACGGAAAGAGAACACUACUGUCGUCAAUUUAAUAAAAGACACAGAUAAGAAUAUUGCACCGGCCAUUUUAAUAGAACGUAACCAAAAAGUAGAACAAGUAAAGAAAGAUAAGCCUAAGGACAAAGUAGAAGUCAAGCAAGUCAUAGAGUUUCCAUUACCGAGUCUCUCUUGUCAAUCAAAUCAAGGCCGGAUGCGUUCGGGGUUCGACGCUUCAUUAUUAGGUGGCGUGACCGAACAUUAUAUUCCUGAUUUAAUUUUACAAGGAACAAUUGUAAAUCCAAAAAUAUGGGAGACGGAGCUAAGGCGGGAUCUAGACCUCGCAACGUAUCUGAACAAAACGUUAGAUACACCGAUGCAAGCCGUUGCAAUUGUCGGAGAUACUAAUAAAUGGGAAGUUCGCGUCUUAGGGCGAGACUGUGGUUGGGGCGGUUUGUCGCCUUUAGUUGGCGGAAUGUUAGACGCUCUGCCUAUCAUGCGACACGCCAAAGUACCCACCUAUCAGUGCGUACUAUACUUGGAAGGUAAACUCCGAGAACUGUGCGUUCUAUCGAAGACGCUAGCUGAUUUGCUCAUGACAACAGAUUUCUGCGAUAUAGCAACACUCACGAAGUCCCUUAACAUAGACGUCAACGACGUUCCUCUCCUUUUGGCGGUUGCUACCACUCACACCCCACAACUGGCCACUAGAUACGGUAUUAGUUAUAGGUAG